CUAAUAUGCAGGAUCUGCUGAUCUGAACUUUCUCCACUUGAAAACCACUCAUCCUACCCACACGCAUACAUUGUUAUUACACAUAUCUGAAUAAAAACAGCAUUCUUGACGUUUCACUCAAACAGCAAACAUUAUUAUCUCGUGGAUUUAUUUAGCUAUCUGUCAUCGCCAUUCGUAAUAAAAUAAGUACAAUAAUUUUUCUGCGCAUAAACUUUGGACAACAACAUUUUAAGAUUCAGCAGAAGGUGGGUGUUUAUAGACAAAAACAUUGUUGAACUGCGUGACCUUGCUGAUUAAGCACCCAGCAGUCGGAGAAAGUGUGAGACGACUGAACGAGAAGGAGAUUCGCUAAAAAAUUUGGGCCACGACGUCCUGCGUCACAAUUUCUUUCUUUCACCACCAGAUUGUCAGUAAUUGAUAAAAGUGACUUAUAGGCCAAGGACGAGGAGAUAGACGUAUAUGCAGAUACGGCAUAUUUGUUACAAGUGGUAGAAGCCCAAGAGGAAAACAGUGCGAUAUAGGUAGAUUUUGAUGUCUUGGAUUAUUCAACGGGACAGUUAUCAAAAGUUGAACAGAGAAAUGGAUUCCUUAUAUCAAAACUAUUCGACGACGGACUUUCACCGCAUGGCACAAGCGAUAGCAUCGAAUAUUCAGAAAAUUACACAAAAUGUGGCAUCCAUUACACGAAUGGUUGGUCAGAUUGGAUCAUCGGUGCAUGACUCCUCACCUGAAUUACGUAGUCAGUUACAUAAAAUUACUCAUUACACUGGACAAUUGGCAAAAGACACAAACGGAGAGUUGAAGGAGUUAAAUAAAUUCAAUCUAAAUGACCAGCGUCAACUGAAACUCCAAAGAGAGAAAUUAACGUCAGAUUUCUCUGCGGUGUUAAACUCAUUCCAAAAUAUUCAAAGAACUGCUGCCCAAAAGGAGAAAGAGUCUUUGAAAGCCUCCUCAUCCACAAAAGUACCUUUUUUGGAAGGCCCUAAUCAGCAAGCGACUAAUCAGCAGCAUGGACAACGACAGCAACAAAUGUUAUUCCAAGAUUUGCAAGAAGAUGAACAGGAAGUGGAACAAUUGAGACUGCGAGAACAAGCCAUCAGACAAUUGGAGUCUGAUAUUCUUGAUGUCAACCAAAUAUUUAAAGAGUUGGCCACCAUGGUUUAUGAUCAAGGAGAAGUUGUGGAUUCCAUUGAAUCGCAUGUCGAAUCUGCCCAGAUUGAAGUCAGCCAAGGGGCUAGUCAACUGGAACGUGCCCAUACAUACCAGAACCAAGCGAGACGUAAACAGCUUUGUAUUAUUUGUACCUGCAUUGGCGUUCUCAUCGUUUUCAUUUUGAUACUGUAUUACUCAUUCUAAUCAAACCGUUUUUUCACGCUGCUUACUCCACAAUUUUUGGACCACAAAGGGAAGAAAACGUCGCAACUACUUCUACUUUCUCCUGAUCGUUACGAUUCUAAUAAUAGCCAUAUUAAUCACGAUAAAAAUGUUUGAAUAAGCUACAUGCCAUUGUUAUCACGUAUGUGCACUCCUUUAAUGUCAUACAUAUGCAUUAUAUUAAACGAAAUAAUAUAAUUCAAUAUAGAGUUACAACUUUUGCAGACUAUUUAUUUGACUUAUUGAAUGCAAAUCAUUAUUAAUGAACCAGAUCAUUGAAUUUUAUUUUUGUAAGUGAUAAUAUGGUAAUAUACGCGUGAUUUCAAUAAACAGGAAGGAACAAAGCUC